AGCCUGAACUCCGUGGUUUCUCACUUUUCUCCUUUUCUCCUUCUUGAAUUUCAUUCACUACACUGUGGCGCUUAAAAAGAUGGAGACGGCUUCGAAGGCAUCGGAGGAGCCGGAAGUUGUGUUAGAAGCCCUGAGAACAAGAGGUUGGUGUUUCGGAGACCUGCAGCAAGUGAAGGCUACGAUCACCAUUCACUACGUUCUAGCCAUUGAUGCAACGAAGGUGGUUGAUUCUGUUGAGUCGGAGCUAUUGAAUUUGGACCUUCGAUUAAUCGGAGGCAAGUCCUUGCCCGACCCUUCUCGUCUUCGCAAGUCUUCUUAUCUUCAGGGCCCCAAAGUCCUACAGAUAUCUUCAGUAAGGGACAUUUCUAGUAGUACUGUGGAUGAAUUUUCAAGAAGCUCAGGUGAUCGGCGACUUCUUAGAUUAGGUCUCACAGAUGGGAACUCUGAUAUAACUGCCAUAGAAUAUUCUCACAUCCCACUUACGCCUGAUAAUGUUGUUCCUGGCACUAAGGUUCGUUUGGAAGAUAAAACUGUGAUUCGUGGUGGUAUAGUUUGUUUAAAUUCUGGAGUAUUGACCAUAUUAGGAGGUGUUGUUCAAUCGCUUUAUGACGAAUGGCAGAUGAACAAAAAAUAUUCAGGAUUCUCUCGAUCAUCUUUAAGGAAGGUAGAAGAAAGUGAAGCAGACAGACCUCCUCAAUUUGUGAAGCUGCAUGUUGGAUCUCCCUCAGGACCUGCAGGUUAUGGAGAUUCUAACUUUAGAACACUUAAGCCUAUUGCUGUGGCUGGCAAAACUGGGAUGGGGUCAACUGGUAGCCAGCAAUACCCUCGUCAGAAAUCAGAAAGCAUGGAUGUAAAUCAGAAAUCUAGAUUGCCUCCAGAAUCAGUUGAAGAUAAGCCUAGCAGUUCGGGGACUAGACCAAAAGAAGUCGUGGAAUCUGUUCCUAUUCAAAAUCAAGCAGCUGCCCAGAAAUUACUUCAGAAACUGAGUCAACCAAAUCAGGAGCGUCAGCCCCGCAAGGGUCGGAAACGUAGGGACAAGGAGAAGCGAGAAGAUACAACUGUUUUUACUCUUGAAGAAUAUGAAAAUAGAAAACAUCAGGCAAAGCAUCCUAUGACACAAGGGGAGAUUCCUGAUAACAGUCAUGAUGAAAAUCUUGCUUGGCAGCUUCAGAAUCAAUUAAACGUGAAGGAUGCUCAGGUACAGAGGGGUUAUCAUGAAGCUAAUGUGGAAGAUAUUAGAAUGAGUAUGUUCAAUUAUGAAAGAGAGGAUAGUAGCCAACACAUGGGAUAUGGAGGACGAGGAAGAGGGAGGGGAGGGGGAGGGGGAGGGGAAGGGGGAGGUGAAGAUCUGAUUAGCCAUGACUCUCUUCUCUUCUAUGUUUCAAUCACCUUCUUGACUGAUUCUUAACUUCUGUGCUUGCCUUUCUUUGGCCUUGCAAAGUACACAGAAUGAAAUGGAAUGUAAAAUAGAGUGGAAAGAAAUUGACGUCUUCAGAGAAAAAUGGUGACCAGAUUUUUCACCACUUCUCAAACAGGUGCGGAUAAAAUUUUGAAACAAUGCAAACUCAAGAGAAGUAGAAGGGCUAGCUCAUUUGCUUUUAA